UAGUUUAUUUUAAAAUUCACAAUCAAAUUACUGGUACACGAUGACUACCGCGUUGGAAAACUUCAUCUCGAACACUCAAAAUGACUUUAAAUGGCCUUACCCGAUACCUCUUAUCGCGAAACCUGCACAACCGCCCAUGAACACGGGGACUCGAUUGUAUAUGCCCAGAACCGACCCUGAAGAUUGCAAAUGCGACGUGCAUGGCCAUCAAAUCAACAAGAAUAAUUACAAGUAUUUAGCAGAGAAGGAACGACAAAUUUAUGAUCAAUUAAUGAAAGUUAAUCGCAAGAUGACGAAUCUAACAACAGCGCUGUUGGACAGCAACUGCGAAUCGAUGGAGGAGACAAUGAAAAGCGUUUAUCAAACAGACUACUCGAGAAGAGGAUUGCCGAUUAGCGGGUACAGAAAACUGAUGGCUGCAGUCGAUUCCCCAUACUGUUCCCCAAUACCAACGGAAGUUACAGAAUUAAAAGAAGGGUAUAGAGAUCCUACAAGGUUCAGGUAUACCGCCAUCGAGAGACCACAUAUUCAACCAGCAAAGACCAUUAAUCUUUUGCAAGUUCCAGAAUGUUUCUCUUUAUGGAAUACACCUAUGUCUGAACGUUCAGAAUACAUGGACAAUAUUAGUAAAAUGGGUCUAAGCAACAUGAAAAAUCGACAACAGUAUUUGGAACCAUUACCGUCGUCUAGGAAAAGAUUCGGUGACUGUAGAUUAUAA